AAAAAGUACCAAAUCCACUCAUUCCCCCAUGAAAAUAUAUAUUCAUCUCACUCAACCAUUCCUACUCUUUUUGUACCCAAAAAUCCUUCAAUCUUUAUGCCCAUUUGAAGCUAAAUCCUACGAUCUCCCAUGGUUUCUCUUCAAGAAUCUCCCAAUUCCAAUCCGGGUCCGGGUCGGUUUCAGAUAACGCGACCAUAUUACACUCCACCUCCAUCUUCUGCUGCUUCUUCUCCAUCCAGGUUCCAGAAGCAUCUAGGUCGAUCUAUGAGAACUGUGCGCUCCAAUUUCUACCAAUCUGAUUACACCGACAGUUGCUCUUUCGCCUCCACUCAACAGGCUCCGACCUCCGUCGUGUCGGAAAACCUUACCGACUCCGUCAUCGAUGUUCAUUUGCACCAGCUAGCUACUGCUACUGGUAACAAUAAGUUCUCCAAAUCAUCGUCUUCUACGUCUUCUGAUGAUUUUCUCGGGAUUUCACAAGUUUUUAGUGAUUUCUCGGCGUAUAGUAGCGAUAUAUCCGGCGAAUUGCAGCGACUAGCGUGCUUGCCGGAGGAUUCGAAUGAGAGUGACCUUAAUCAGGAGCAGAACCCCGAACCUGAGCCUUGCGCCGGGUUUUUACAACGGGAUAGUUUCUCUACCGAGAUCAUCGAGAGUAUCUCGCCGGAGGAUUUACAACCGACGGUCAAGAUCUGUGUCGAUAGUCUCGGUUCAAACUCCGUCGCUUUAAAGAGGUCGGCAGCGGCGAAACUAAGGUUGCUUGCGAAGAACCGAUCGGAGAACCGAGCGUUAAUAGGCGAAUCCGGCGCGGUUCCAGCAUUGAUUCCGCUUCUCCGGUGUGCCGAUCCUUGGACUCAGGAACAUGCGGUCACUGCGCUACUUAAUCUCUCUCUUCUGGACGAGAAUAAACCGUUAAUCGCCGGCGCCGGAGCUGUGAAAUCAUUAAUUUAUGUUCUAAAGACAGGCACAGAGGUAUCGAAGCAGAACGCCGCGUGUGCGUUGCUCAGUCUAGCUAUGAUCGAUGAAAACAAGGUCUCGAUCGGAGCUUGCGGAGCGAUCCCGCCGUUGGUGUCUCUUUUAAUCAACGGUUCAAAUCGAGGAAAGAAAGACGCGUUAACGACACUGUAUAAACUUUGUUCCAUGAAAGCGAAUAAGAAGAGAGCAGUAACGGCCGGCGUUGUGAAGCCACUGGUUGAACUUGUGGUUGCAGCGGGAGAGGCGGCGGAGGAACAAGGAGCUGUGGGGAUGGCGGAGAAGGCGAUGGUGGUGAUGAGUAGCUUGGCAGCAGUCGAGGAAGGAAAGAUCGCAAUCGUCGAAGAAGGCGGCAUACCCGCCUUGGUGGAGGUGAUUGAGGAUAGUACGUCGGUGAAAGGGAAGGAGUUCGCGGUGGUGACGCUUCUACAGCUCUGUGAAGGGGUUAACAGUGCCAGAAACAGAGCGUUGUUGGUCGGAGAAGGUGCUAUUCCGCCGCUGGUGGCUCUUUCACAAACCGGAACUGCUAGAGCCAAACACAAGGCUGAAACGUUAUUAGGGUACUUGAGGGAACCAAGGCAAGAAGCUGGUUCAAGUUCUAGUCCGAAGUAAGGUAGUUAUUUAAUUUGAGAUAAUAGUGUUUAUUUAGGUAGAUGUUUAGGAGUUUUCUUUUGAUGAUUUUGUAUAGUUUGUUGGGACUUUUUUAUAGACAAAAAGAAAAAAGUUUAACUAGAUGUAAAAAUUAAGAUUAGUGAGAAGAAGAAGAUGCUGACCAUAGGUGGAUUUGGUUUUUGGUUUUGCUUUGUUUAUGGUCAAAAACAAAGAGCUUGUAGCUUGUUUGCCUAUUAAUUAUUAUUAUUAUGUUGUGGGCUUUAUAUUUCUAUAAAAAGGUUAUAUUAUAA